AUGACUCUGCCGAGCAAAUACCAGAAUGGAAGCAUCGACUCCUCGUUGAAGGGUGUGUAUCGAGCUUCCCCCGUCAAGCUUCUCAUCUAUGGCAGAGGAACAAGCAAACAGCUUUCAGACGUUGUGUCAGAACUCGGCGGCACCAAAGCAUUCAUCAUUACUGGUCGCUCUCUUUACGAAAAGACGCCAGUGAUAAAGGAUAUUGAGAAAAGUUUAGGAUCGGUUCACGGUGGCACAUUUAGCAAAAUCGGCCAACAUGCCCCGAUCGGCGAUAUCCGUGAAGCGACCGCCCUAAUGGCGAAGUCUGGGUGCGAUGUUUUGAUUUCAAUAGGUGGUGGUUCACCGAUUGAUUCAGCGAAGGCUAUUGCGUACAACAUCCACCAAGAGACUGGAAAAUGGGUACCAAGCAUCGCAGUUCCCACCACUCUGAGCGUCGCAGAGACAACUCAAAAUGCCGGCUUCACAACUGAAGAGAAGCACAAGAUCGCAGUCAGCAACCCUGAGCUUGUACCCAAAGCUGUGGUAUACGAUGGCGAAAUUGCCUUGCACACACCACUGAACCUGUGGACUAGUACUGGGAUUCGAUCGUUAGACCACGCCGUGGAGCUCAUGUAUCAUCCACUAGCAUCCGAGAUCCCCACCAAACGCAUGUGCUUGGAGGCCAUCAAGGAUUUGUUUACCUAUCUGCCUCAGUCAAAGGCGAACCCGGACGACGCCGAUGUUCGCACGAAGCUCUUCACCGCAUGCUACGCUUCGUUAUUCCCUUUCCUCUACACUGGCGGUGUAGGCCUCAGUCACAGCAUCGGUCAUGCGAUCGGCGCAACCUAUUCGAUACCCCACGGAAUCACAAGCUGCCUCAGUCUAGCACCAACAGUGCAUUUCAAGGCGAGCAAUGCGGAAGAAGCCAAGCAGAUUGCGAGAAUCAUUCCAUACAUCGGCAAGCAGAGCACCGGAAACGAUGAGAAGGACUCGCAUAUUGUGGCAGAUGCUAUUGCCGAACUAGUUGAGGAAUUGGGACACAAAACUACGUUGACUGCUUACGGUGUUCCAACUGGAGACGCGGAGGAAGAAGCCAUUGCAUCCCGUGCGCUACACAGCAAAGAGCACAAGGAUUUUGCGAACCUGAAAAAGAUCGUGCACGAUCUGUACUAG